AUGGUAAGAAAUCGAGUAGUAAGCAUAAUUUACUUCGACGUGGGCCAGAAGAAGCCGAAGAUCAUCGUCGACAACCACGAGUACCUGAUGCGCUUCGCCAAAUUCGGCGAGACCCACUGGCUGUGCAACCAGUACUACCACCCCAAGACCGACAUCCGGUGCAAGGUGAAGGUGAUCACCAGCGGCAAAGCGGCCGUCGUCUUCGGCCGGCACAUCCACGAACCCAAGUCCAAGAUGAGGAAAGAGGGCAUGAUAGUGGACAAGCGAACAAGGUACGUGGAGGAUUUCGUGGAGAUCGGUUUGGAAGAGCGGAGCGACUCGAAACCGAAGCGAAAGCGCCAGCCGAAUCGGCUUUGGAUCAAAAGCCGAGAAUUCGAUUCGGUCGAAGAGGCGCAUCGGGAGGUGUCGGGCCAGAAAGUCUGGAAAAUCGCGUCGAAGAAGAGCACUCUGGACGGGUGCAAGGUGGAAUACCGAUGCUCCGCGGGGAAGUACAGGGUGAAAGAAUGCCCGGCCGGGUUGUACUUGUUGUAUCACUCCGCCGGCGGUAAAGUUUCGCUGUUUUCGACGCAACGCGGCCACGAGCACGACGAUAGCGCGGAUCUCUCGGGAAGAGGUCUAUCGCAGCACGUUAAAAACUUUAUCAAAGAAAGAUUCGCCGAAGAUACGAUCUAUUUCGACGUGGCCUUUAAGAACCCGAAGAUCAUAUUGGACGGCAAUUACUACCUCGUCAAGAGCAAGGAACUCAGCAGGACUAUAUGGAGGUGUUCCAAAUACUGGAAAUCCAAAGAGAACAGAUGCAAGUCGAAGUUCGGUUUACCAUUUUUAGGAACGAUCUACUUCGAUAUGGGCGUGAAGAAUCCCAAAAUCAUAUUCGACAAUCACUACUACAUCAUCCUGCGCAAGGAAUGCGACAGGACCAUAUGGAUGUGCAGCAAGUAUUUUAACGCCACGAAGGAAAAUAGAUGCAAAUCGAAACUGAUCACCAGCGGCCGGACGGUACAGAUAACGGGCAUCCACAAUCACAAGCCCAAAAUGCUGCAUAAUUUCAAAAACACUUUGUCCCAGAAAGUUACCAUUUGUAUGAUAUACUUCGACGUGGCCACUAAGAACCCGAAGAUCGUGCUCGACGACCACAACUACCUCAUUUACAGGAAGGAACUGAACAAAACCGUGUGGAAAUGCUGCAGGUAUUUCCGCUGCAAGGACAACCGGUGCAAAUCCACGCUGGUGACCACCGGAAGGAUAGUCACGGUCAGCGCGGAUUUUCACAAUCACGAACCGGAGAUCAUCAAAAAGGAGAGAUACAAAAACAUGUUGUCCCAAUGCGUGACCAUAAAUCCGAAAAUUAUACUGGACGGUCACGAGUUCCUCAUCAAGAAAAAGGCCAUCAAUCAAACCACUUGGAUAUGCAAUCAUUACUUCAACCAAAGGGCUGUUCGUUGCAAAGUGAAGUUAGUAACAAGCGGCAGAGUGGUCAAUGUGUUCGGGGUUCACACGCACGAGCCUUCGAGGAACAAGGAGUUCAAAUACAAGAACAUGCUCAGCCAGAAUCCGCAGUGCAAGGCUGGGAAGACCACCGAAAGAAAUUACAUGCAAGACAGGAAGCUAACAAGCCUAGUAAAAAUAGAAAACGAAGAAAUAGAUAUUGUAACCCACGACAUUCCAAAUUACCACGAAGUUAAUUUAACCAAACCCGAAGUGAAGAAGCGCCGACCCGGAAGGCCCAAAGGGAGCAAAAACAGAAGUACUUAUAAAGCACCUAGCGGUGUUAAGAGACUUCGAGGAAGACCCAGGAAACAGGACCAGAAAGAUUUGGGCGAUUUAUCGUUCCUCGUGAAGAACAAACCGCGUUUCUUCGUCGAUGAAAAUCGCAAAGAAAACGCCAUUGGUUACACGAAUUUAAACGCUUUGAUCACUGACGAUUGUGUUGGAUUAUUUAUUGGCAGGCAGAACAAGCCGCGGAUCAUCGUCCAAGGGAACUGCUUCAACGUGAACAAGCGCCGCAACCGCUGCAGCUUCUGGCGCUGCUCCAGCCAGAAGGUCACCGCCUGCUCGUGCACGGCCUCCACCUCGUCGGGCAGCGUCGUCGUGAGGGGGGCCCACAACCACGACCCCAACGCCGGCCACCUCGAUUUCAGCGAGCUCAAAUCGACGAUUGUGGUAUGGGGAAGAUAUACUUCCAAAAAUCCAGGUGUGAUUUAUUUCGAUGUAGCUCGCACGAACCCGAAGAUCAUUCUCAACAACUUCGUUUACAAGAUCUGCAACAAGCUGCAGGACAGGACGUACUGGAAGUGCGUGCGCUACAACGUGGACAAGUGCAAGGCGAGAAUAACGACCAGAGGGGCCCGGGCUCACGUCGUAGUGACCGGUUUCCACAAUCACGAACCCAGCAUGGUGAUACUGAACAAUUUCGAGUACAAGUUGCACACGAAGAAAUCGGACAGGACUUACUGGAAGUGCGUUUCGUACAAAACGAAAUGCCGGGCGAUGAUCAUCUCCCAAGGCAGCGCCAUCCGCAUCGAUGAUCAGAUGCACAAUCACCCACCCAAAGUGUCCGAUUACACCGGACUGAGCUCCCAGCAGGUCAUACUGGUCAACAAGAACCCAGCUCGCUCGCUGGGUAACACUAACGUUUGGUGCGUUUUAGGGGGAGUAAUAUGGAUAGCGUCCGGCACGAAGCGACCGAAAAUAAUAUUAGACGGCAACGAGUUUACGGUGAACAGCGGGAAGAACAAUCGCACCAGAUGGCGCUGCAAUCAGUAUUUCAAAUCUAAAUGUAGCGCCACCCUCGUAACCUACGGAAAAGUGGUGAAAGUCAACAAGUACCACAAUCACCCGCCGAUCAACCCUCCCGUUCACCAUCUGUUCGAACAGAAAGUACAAAGCUUUCGAGCGUUCGCCAUGCCGGACCUAACGCCUGGUUUCUUUAAUUUAGGUACGAUACUGAUAGGAUCCGGCACGAAAAACCCGAAAAUAAUCCUCGACGAGAACGAGUUCACUAUAAACACCAAGCAGGGAGCGCGCACGAGGUGGAGGUGCACGCAAUAUUUCAAAAGCAAAUGCCGCGCAUCGCUGGUGACUUUCGGUAGGAUCGUGAAAGUCAGCCAAUUCCACAAUCACCCGCCCACGAAACCGUCGGUGCGGAAUUUACUGCCCCAAACGGUCACCAUCGUCAGGAACAGGAAAAUCGUUCUCAAGCAAAACAUGCCUCUUUUAAACGUUACCUAAUGAGAGUUCGAGUAUAUAAUUUAUUAUAUCUGUAUUUAUGCGUAAAUAAAUUGAAAAUAUUGGUAUUUUGUUCAUGCUACAAAACGGAAUUAAUAUCGUAUUAAACUUUAACGAGUGUAAUUAAGUGAUAGAAAGUUCCAUUUAAGGUAAGAUAUAAAUGCCUCACCCGCGAACACUGAAUAAAUACGUUUCUGUAGAUAAAAAGAUAAAUAUCGCAAAAAUAGUCUACAAUGAACAUAUACCACUUAUACCACUAAUUUUACUAUUAAAUAACUAAUAUUUUUU